UGUCUUUCUCUCCCCUAAUAAGAGUCAAGAGAGACUUUCACAGUACAUCAGAGCUCUCUCUCUCUCUCUCUCUUCCUUCCUGACUUCUCCAUUAAAGAAAAAGAAAGGGGUCCUUGUCUUCACACUAUAGACUGCUACUCUUACUACAUUCAUUCAUUCAUUCAUGUAAGCACCCCCCUCAACCCCUUUAAUUCAAAAGCCCCUUCUUUUUCCCCCAUCCUCCCCCCUUUCCUUUCCCCUGCAUUCCCCAAAACCCUAGAUUUGCAGAGUCUAGGGUUUUGUUUCCCUCUUCCUCUUCCUCUUCCGCUUCCUCUUCUUGUUUGGUGGGGGCUUUACAGCUCACGCUCUGCUUCGGGUCCUUGUCUUUAAUUGGUCUCUCCGGGGGUGGGAUUUGUUCGACUCUCCCAGCUGUGCUUGCUCUUUGAAUGUUCUUGGUUUUAGUUGAAUAAUAAUGCUGUUAGGACCCCUUUGAAGAGCCACCCCGACCAUCCUUCUUUUAUCUUUUUGUGAAGAUUCAGCGGUCGGGGUACCCAAAAAAGAAAAAAAAAGUUUUUGGGGACCUUGCUUCUGCCCUCAGUUUCAUCUCAUUCUUGUUGGGUUUUGUCCUUUCUUUGUUGUUUGUGAGCUUCCGUUCAAGAAAGAUGAGAUCUUUUGCUUGAUGGGUACCCCUUGAUGCUUCAGCUUAGCUCAGCUCGUUCGCUAGGUUUCCCCUGAAACCCUCUGCCCUGUGGUCUCCUCUUUGCCUCGUAGUUUUAGCCGGUGAAUUUGUCUUCUUUAGCUUCGAUUCGAGGUUUGAGCUCGUUAGCUUUUAGGUUCUAGGCAUUGUAAAUGCAUGGAUGGAAGAGAAGCCAUGGCAAUAUCUGGUGGAUCAGCUCAGUAUUUCAUACACAAAGCAGGGUUAGGGUCUGGCUCUGGGCAACAACCCAGUGGGAUGAAUGCACCGCCGCCUCAUUUUAGGGCACUGUCGAACACCCACCAUCAUCAUGUUCAGGCUGCAGCUGCCGCUGCUCAGUCCAGUAUCCGUACAACCUUGGGUGGGCAGGCAUUCGCGGUGGAGCCACCACCGCCACCAACACAUGGUGGCUUUGGCCGCGGGAACAUUUCCAUUGGCACAUCUUCUGCUGGUCCGCCUUCUGGUGAACAGCCCCCGAAGAAGAAGAGGGGGAGGCCCAGGAAAUACGGGCCUGAUGGUAAGGUGGCUCUGGGCCUUCUGCCCAUGUCGGGAGCCGCUCCUACUUCCACGCCUGGCUCAGUCACGCCUUUGCCAAAGAAGGCCCGAGGACGCCCACCUGGGUCCGGGCGGAAGCAACGAUUAGCAGCAGUUGGUGAAUGGAUGAAUGCUUCAGCUGGACUUGCUUUUGCACCACAUGUGAUCAGAGUAGGAGCUGGGGAGGAUGUUGCAGCAAAGAUUUUGUCUUUCUCCCAACAGAGGCCAAGAGCUAUCUGCAUAUUAUCUGGCUGUGGCACAAUUUCUUUGGUGACUCUUAGGCAACCCGCAUCUUCUGGUGGCACAAUCACAUACGAGGGCCGAUUCGAGAUAUUGUGCUUGUCGGGUUCAUAUUUGCUCGCUGAAGAAGGUGGCCCCCGUAACCGAACUGGAGGUAUAAGUGUUUCGCUCUCAAGUCCCGAUGGCCAUGUUAUUGGUGGCAGUGUUGGGAUGCUUAUUGCAGCGGGUCCCGUCCAGGUGGUUAUAUGCAGUUUUGUAUACGGCAGCUCCAAGGCCAAGGAUAAGCAGAUCGUGGUUGCGGCUCCUAAAGUUGAGGAAGACUCCUCCAAAUCCCAGUCUGGGGAAAGAUCCUUUGCUUUAAGCAGUGGGCCCACUCAGAACUUUGCAUCAUCUGCCAUUGGUGUUUGGCAGAAUUCCCAGCCCACCGUUGAUCUGAAACAUCUCCACACCGGGAUUGACUUGACGCGUGGCUGACGAUGUGGGCCCUGCCAAUUUUGUAUAUAUUCGCGCCGUUGUUGUUGUAUAUUUGAACUGAGUGAGAUUGGUAGUAGGGGAUUGGUCCCAUAGUUAACCUCUCUAUUUGUUUCUCAGGAUUGCUGGCUCGUCGCUAACUUGCUUGAAUGAACUGUUGGUCGCCUAUUUUAUUGUUGUGAUGUAGGGAUGGUACUCUGAGGGAACUUAUUUUCAAGAGUUUCUUUAACUGUCAGAGAGAAGCUAGCCUAAUUGUGUGCUGAAAUAUGAUAUUUUCGAUGUUUUAUCAGAUCAAGCAUGGCAUUAAA